AUGAGCACUAAAGCUCCAAGUUGUGCUGAUGCUGAGGGUCAUGUUUCUGCAAAUCAAAAUUUUGGACAACAUAGACAACAACAACAACUGGGGAAACAAGUUAGAAGAAGGCUUACUAACAGACCUUAUCAAGAAAGGCUAAUGAAUAUGGCAGAGGCAAGGAAGGAGAUUGCCACUGCCUUGAAAUACCAUAGGGCUACUACGAAACUGGCUACUGAGCAUCAACGACAACUGCAACACCAUCAUCAACAACAUCAAUCGUUGUUCUUUCAACUUCCCUUUUAUUCAAGGUUUAGCCCAGAUGGAAGAUUCAAGGCUAGGAGAAGGCCUAUGAUCUUUUUGCUUGAUAACAACAACACUUUAGAUCCUACCCUUUUGUUUGAUAACAAUAUUUUAGAUGAUACCCAUGUGCUUAAUAAUAACAUUUUAGAUGGUACCCCCGUGCUUAAUAACAAUAUUUUAGAUGGUACCCCUGUGUUUAACUACAACAACAAUUUGGAACCUAUCCCUUUGUCUAGCAACAAUGUCUCAUCAUUAUGCUCUUACUCAACUCCAACAUUAACUUCUCCUCCAUUUCUAACUCAACAAGAUGUUCCUUUAAUUAGAAUAUCGCAGUCACAAGGAGAAAUGGUUUCCACAACGAUGAAUAUCAUUGAAUCUAGUACUACAAAUCAAGCUAGUGGAAGCAUGCAUGUAAGCAUGGAUGAAGAGGGCAUGAAAGAGAUCAGAGCAUUGGGACAACAACAUCAGAUGGAAUGGGAUGACACUACGAGUAUGAUCACUUCAGCUCGGUGGUACGAUUACUUGCAACAAAUGGAAAAUAGUGCAACCGCAGUCAACAAUGGAGAUGAUACAUGUCAUGGGAUCUUUGAUGAUCAACUUGAAUUUCCUAUAUGGAAAAAUUAA